AUGCGUUUCAACGCUGCUUUGACUUCUGCCCUGGUCUCCUCGGCUUCCAUCAUGGGCUAUGCCCAUGCUGAGGAGACCGAGAAGAAGCCCGAGACCACCUCCUUGGCCGAGAAGCCUACCUUCACCCCCACCUCCAUCGAGGCUCCUUUCUUGGAGCAGUUCACCGAUGACUGGGACUCCCGGUGGACUCCCUCUCACGCUAAGAAGGAGGACUCCAAGUCCGAGGAAGACUGGGCCUAUGUUGGUGAAUGGUCCGUCGAGGAGCCCACUGUCCUCAAGGGUAUGGAGGGUGACAAGGGUCUCGUCGUCAAGAACGUCGCUGCCCACCACGCCAUCUCGGCUAAGUUUCCCAAGAAGAUCGACAACAAGGACAAGACUCUGGUCGUCCAGUAUGAGGUGAAGCCGCAGAACUCCCUUGUCUGCGGUGGUGCCUACCUGAAGCUCCUCCAGGACAACAAGCAGCUCCACCUCGACGAGUUCUCGAACGCGUCUCCCUACGUGAUCAUGUUCGGUCCCGACAAGUGUGGUGCCACCAACAAGGUUCACUUCAUCUUCCGUCACAAGAACCCCAAGACCGGCGAGUACGAGGAGAAGCACCUUAAGGCACCUCCCGCCGCCCGUACCUCCAAGGUUACCUCCGUUUACACCCUGGUCGUCAACCCCGAUCAGACCUUCCAGAUCCUGAUUGAUGGCGAGUCCGUCAAGGAAGGUUCCCUCCUUGAGGACUUCAACCCCCCUGUCAACCCCGAGAAGGAGAUCGACGACCCCAAGGACAAGAAGCCCGCCGACUGGGUUGAUGAGGCCAAGAUCCCCGACCCUGAGGCUACGAAGCCCGAGGACUGGGACGAGGAGGCUCCCUUCGAGAUUGUCGACGAGGAGGCUACCAUUCCCGAGGACUGGCUCGAGGACGAGCCCACUAGCAUCCCUGACCCUGAGGCCGAGAAGCCCGAGGACUGGGAUGAUGAGGAGGAUGGCGACUGGGUUCCUCCCACUGUUCCCAACCCCAAGUGCCAGGAUGCCUCCGGAUGUGGUCCUUGGUCUCCCCCUAUGAAGAAGAACCCUGACUACAAGGGCAAGUGGUCUGCUCCCUUGAUUGACAACCCGGCCUACAAGGGACCCUGGGCCCCCCGCAAGAUUGCCAACCCCGCCUACUUCGAGGACAAGACUCCCUCCAACUUUGAGCCCAUGGGCGCUAUUGGUUUCGAGAUUUGGACCAUGCAGAACGACAUCCUGUUCGACAACAUCUACGUUGGUCACUCCGCCGAGGAUGCCGAGAAGCUGCGCCAGGAGACCUUCGAUGUCAAGCACCCCAUUGAGCUGGCUGAGGAGGAGGCCAACAAGCCCAAGCCUGAAGAGAAGGCCGCCGAACCCAGCGUUAGCUUCAAGGAAGACCCCGUGGGCCACAUCAAGGAGAAGGUCGACAACUUUGUCCGCCUCUCCAAGCAGGACCCCAUCAACGCCGUGAAGCAGGUUCCUGACGUUGCCGGUGGUCUUGCCGCUGUUCUCGUCACAAUGAUCCUUGUCAUCGUCGGAGCCGUUGGUGCCAGCACCCCGGCCCCUGCCCCCGCCAAGAAGGGCAAGGAGGCUGCUGGUGCUACCAAGGAGAAGACUGGUGCGGCCUCCAGCUCCUCCGCAGACACUGGCAAGGGUGGUGCUACCAAGCGCACUACCCGCUCUUCUGCCGAGUAA